AUGGAUAAAAUCAUAUGUUCUGUCAGCGUAUUUUUAUUUGUGAUUACUUCCGCCAACAAAUCAGAACGAGUUUAUGAUUUUAUCACUGAACAAGAUGAGAAGGGAUAUUCAAUACAAGAGACGAUUGGAUUUCGAACAUUUCAACAGAUGCAUAAUCCACAAUACAGAGAAUAUGAAAAUGGUUUUCCACCUGGUAUUUAUGGGUCUUCCAUCAUACCUACUACUAUAUGGUAUCAUUACUGGAGUCGGGAUACUUAUGAAGAUAUGUUUCCGCAUAAUGGAAAUAUGUACUUGGCUGAUGUGAAUUGGCCUCACAUAGUCACAUUAUGUGAUGAAACCAAACAUCCAAGAUGUUCAUGGGCUUAUUUUUUAGCAUUGAUGCAACCUACUUCUUAUAAUCCACACUUGCUAAAACAAAUAUUUGGUGACGAGUUUGAGAAAUCAUCAGAUAAACACAUCUUUACACCAAUUAUACGUGGUGGAUGUUAUCGUUUAAGAACAAUAGAUCAAAUGAGUUUAAUAUACAUAUAUACCAUAUGUCAUCUUUAUGGUGAUACAAAGGAAGCUAUUCCUGACUUAGAAGUAUGUCCAAAUCCAUGUAAGCGAAGACCUUGUCAUUAUAUUCAAAAUGCAGUUGGGGGUUCUUGUAAACGUCGUGGCUAUCAUAAAGAUGAUUAUGAAUGUUUAUGUGAAUCGGGAUACAAAUGGGAAAAGGACUCAUUAUCGUGUACCAUAAUUGAUACAUGCAAGUUGUUCUGUAACCAUGAGACAACUGAAUUUUGUUUUCUUAAUCAAACAUCAGGUGUAGCUACAUGUGUUUGUAAAACUGGUUACACUGGGUAUGACUGUAAUCAACCAUUCGACGCUUGUAUAUCUGAUACAAUACUGAAAAUGAAUCCAUUAGACGCUAGUCCAUAUAUACCAUCAGGAUAUGAAGCAUGUGGAGCUCUGUUAAAUCCAACUAAUAAAUGCAAUCCAAUGAAUGAUAUGUUAACUUACAAUUGUACGUGCAAUAUAGGAUAUACAAGAGAUUUGUCUUUACCAUAUGAUAAUUGUUUGAAACAAAAAGAUAAAUGUGAUACACAUUUAUGUUUGUAUGGUGAAUGUAUAAGUUCAAAAGAUCUUACUUACAGUGUCUGUGAUUGUGAAGAAGGAUAUGGCGGCGAAAAAUGUGAUAUACCUAAAGGUAUUUGGUCAGAUUGGUCAGAAUGGACAUUUUGUGAACAGGAUUCUGGAUCUACUGGAAUGAGUACAAGGAUACGUUUGUGUUUAUCUGAAAAUGAAGAGGAUUGCGUGGGCGAAUUGGAACAGGUACGAUUAUGUGAAUCAAAUUUAACUUUUACACAAAAUGAAUCCAUUUCGGAAAUAACAUGGAAUGAUUUUACACAAUGGACUGAAAACGCAAUGCUAUACACUUUGCUUUAUAUGGGAUUCGUAGCUAUAUUAUUGAAAUUGUUAAAUUUGUUCAAGCACCAUUAUUCAGAUUCAAACAAGAAGUUAUGAUAUAUAUAAAGUGUAUUGUUUACUGUAUUAUUCAAGACGUCAGAUAUAUUAAUCAUAAAAAGACAGUAAAUCAGUGGGUUUCAGAUUAAAAAUGCUCAAAUAAACAAAAGAUUUAAUUCAUUCUCUCCAUCAGCUUAUUCGCCGAAAUAUAAUUAUUAACUAAAAUAUACCGUUGAAAUUGCGGUUCACUUGAAUUAAUUUGAUGGAUAAGCAGAAUACUGUUGCAUAAGUUUAUCAGUAAUAAUACAUAGUGAUUACAGCUUUUUUCAACAAGUCAGUUGUACUCUUUCAAUGUAAAUAGUGGUUCAGUA